AUGUGGAUCCUCCGAGUCUUCUCGUCUGUGACUUUUUUGUUCACGAUCAUUCUCUCAGUACCACUAGCCUUCGAUGUUGGAGGACGAGCCUGUGGCCUAGCUUUCUCCCUUUCUCUGGCUUCAUUCUACUUCUACUAUUCGGUCCUGCGAUUGGCAACGCCACCGAGCUCUCGAUAUCGCUGGCUUUUAAUUCAGCUUCUGAGUUGGUUACAAUGGGCCGUGGUCCCGUCUCUUUUGAUAUGGUCUCUAAACCGCUUCUCGGUUGAACCAGUCGGCAAUAGUAGCUGGGUGGAAAGAACGUUUAGUGGCAAGAGAUCGGCUGAUACUUCGGUAUGGCAGUGGAUAUUUGGGCCAGACGGGCUGGCGGAGAGCAUUACUGUUGGGGGAUGGGACAAGACUCUGAGGUGGUCAACUCCGGUGUUCCAAUUAGUAGAAGGCUUUUGCAGUCUUCUCGUCAUACAGGCAGCUGGGCAGAUUACACGGUGGCUGGUGAACCGUAGUGGACGGAGUGAUAGCUGGAUGAUUGGACUACUAGUAGUCUCGGCAUCAGUGAUCUCUAGCGCUGUAUACUUCCUCUGGCGAGUCACGCGAUUCCCAGAGAUCAGCAACGUGGACGCUACUCUCAUCGGUAUCACCAUCACCUGUGCUGUCUUCCUCUGUGCAUGGGGCAUUGGCUCUGGGAAAGGCAACCCGGUUGAAAGCUCGCUUCUAUUUGCCUAUGUCGUCCUAUGCAUCUACCAAAUAUUCACCGACUACCAACCAUCGACCCCCGAAGAAUCGCCUCCACCACCUCAAGCUCCCGACUUUCCCCCUUUCCCGCCUAUCAUCAUGGCAUCAUACACCACCCUAAUGCAGGCAGUCUCAGUCUUACCUGGCGCAAUCCACGCCGGAUUUAAUUUCAUUGCAGACGCCCUUAGCACGGUCACUCCAUCAGUCUUGAUUUCUUUGGCGUACCGGCUGUUCGUCCUCUAUGCAACGACACGCAUAGUCCCCGCCAUACGAGAGUCAGGAGUUCGAGGGCUUUCCGAAGAACCCACACUAGAAGAUUCCGACGGUGCUGGACAAGUACUCGGUCUCCUCAGCUGGUUCAGCCCCAGCAUAUUAAUCACUGUAUACACCAGUCUACUAAUGCAACACUUUUCCUCGAUGAGUGGAGAUGUCAAUGGCGAGUGGUGGAAGAAUCAAGGUGGUCAUGCGGGCAGCAAUCUGUGGCGGUGGGUAAACUUGGCAUUAACAAUGGCCAUGUAUGCCUUGGAAUUGCAGCUUAACAAGGAGGACCUUGAUGGCGGAUUGACUACUCACUGGAAAGCGGAUUGA